ACCGUAUUCUUCUUUUCUUUAUCUUCCCUUUCUUUCUCUGUUUUCUUCUCCGCUCCAACAACAAACCCUAGACGAAACGAAAACACACACAAAAAUAGGAAAUUUCUUCUUCUAUUCUCAAAUCCAAAUGCGAAAAUCAUGAAUUCCGAUUCUGUCCUUUUCAAUCCAUUAAAACUUCCAUUAUUCUUCUUCUCUUCUUCUUCCAGAGCAUUAAUCGGUGCUAAUCAUACUUCUGCUCGUUUCUGUUCUCGUUAGUAAAUAUAAACACACAGAUUCUCACUCUUUCUUAUUUUUGUAGGGUUUCUUCUUCAGAGAUUUUUUAAUUUUUUCUUUUUCGUCAAUACAGUGAAAUGGAAUCUACUAGAAGUUUUUUGGUUAAGACGCUAUUAUGUGGAGUUUUUAUUCUUCUUCUUCGAUUUGUAUAUGUAGUUACAAUCACAGGGGGAUCUUGUUCAGCUGAUGAUUUUUGUUUCUUUUCAAGCCGUGAGAAUUUGAAUCUUGCCGGAGCCGGUGUAAGAAUCGGUUCCAAUGCUGCAGUUUCCGUUGCCGGUACAGUUGGAUCUUCUCCUGAACUUCGUGAUCUUUGGAAUAGUAGAGAAUGGAGGAAAAGUGUUGCUUAUUAUUCUUCAAUAUUUCAAGAUCUUAUUUCUGAAGGAUUUCUAUCAUCUGAUUCGAAAGCUUUGUGUAUUCAAAGUGAAACAAGGAUUGGUCAAGAUGUAUUUGCAUUGAGAGAAAUUGGUGUUUCAGAUUCAAUUGGUACUUACAAGAAAGCAUCUCCUCCGUUAGUUAAAUUCGGUCAGGUUUAUAAACAACCAUUUGCUGAUAAUACUUUUGAUUUCAUUUUCAUUGGUAAUGGUGGUCUUGAUCGUUCGAUUCGUCAGUCAGAUUUAGUUUCUGAGAUACAAAGAACACUUAAACCCGAAGGGUUUAUUGUUGUUCACACAAAUUCAACUAAAGAUUUGUAUAGUUACAAUUCAUUUAUAAGUUUAUUCAAUUGCAGUAGUUUGAUUCGAACUCGCUAUAUCGACGAUGAUUCGUCUGUUCGGGAGAUUGUUAUGAAGAAAAACAGCUACCAGGGAGAUAAUGAGAUGAGAAUUUCUGAUGGUGGAACUAAAUGUUCUGUUCCUGCUCAUAAGCGAGAAUUGGUGAAGUAUGCGGAGCCGUUAAUCGAAGAAGAGCCGAUGAAACCAUGGAUUACAUUGAAAAAGAAUAUCCAGAAUGUCAAGUAUCUACCUACAUUGGCUGAUAUAAAUUUCAAGCAGAGGUAUGUGUAUGUUGAUGUUGGGGCAAGAAGUUAUGGAUCUAGUAUUGGAAGUUGGUUUAAGAAACAGUACCCUAAACAAAACAAGACAUUUGAUAUCUAUGCAAUUGAAGCUGAUAAGACUUUUCAUCAAGAGUACAAAUUGAAGAAAGGGAUUAAUCUUUUACCAUAUGCAGCUUGGGUGAAAAAUGAAACUUUACUGUUUGAGGUGAAUAGAGACCCUGGUCAGAAUAUUGAAGCUAAAGGAACUGGUAUGGGGAGAAUUAAACCUGUCAAAUCUGAUACUGGUCUUGCUAAUAAUGUGAAUAAAAUUCAGGGUUUUGAUUUUGCUGAUUGGUUGAAGAAUACGGUUUCGGAGAAAGAUUUUGUUGUCAUGAAAAUGGAUAUUGAAGGAACUGAAUUCGAUUUGAUUCCGAGGUUAAUUGAAACUGGAGCAAUUUGUUUAAUUGAUGAAAUCUUUCUUGAGUGUCACUAUAAUAGAUGGCAGAGAUGUUGUCCUGGAGAAAGAAGUUCUAAGUAUGAACAGAGUUAUGAUCAAUGCUUGGGUUUGUUUAAUUCUCUGCGGGAUAUCGGAGUUCUUGUUCAUCAAUGGUAUUAGACUGGUAACAAUCUCCACCCACGCAUGUUCUGUAAUAUUUUUCUCAGUCUUCUUAGAUUUGGAUACUGUUUUUCUUUUUCUUAGUGCAAAAAAUUGUAGCAUUGGAAAGUUCAUAUUUUUUUUUUUACAUUUUUAUGUUGCCAAUUACUAUGUUACUGUCAUACCUGCAAAUGAAAAUACCAAAUGUUCUGUAGUUCCUUGA